AUGGAAUUGGAAUUGCUAUACGUUAAGCUUUUACUUAUAUUCACUUGUGUGGUUCCCUUCGUAGUGUGUAACUUGGCUCCUGUGCUUAUCGCCUCACAUAGACUAGUUCCUGACCUUUCUUUAGAGAUUAAUGAUUCCAAUCUCCUUCCACAUAAUGCAUCUUCGGUUACAAAUUUGCUAAAGAAAUUGGUCACACAAUGUUCUUCAGAUGCAUAUCUCGUUAUGGACAUACCAGGGCUCACAUUUAAUGACCUCACUACAGGCAAGAAGGAGAAUUGGCUGUUUUUGAGAAAAUAUUUAUACAUGGCGUCUACAAUAGUUGGAUUGCCUAGAGUUGAAGAUGGGUUAGAUUUGGAAUUUCUUGAAAAAUACAUCAUCAAGACGUGUGAUGCAGAAACAAUACAUGUAAAAAAUGGCGAUCCGCCAACUGAUUAUUAUGACGUGAGGAAAAGAGUCAUUAGGAUAAACUUCAAUCCACUUGAUACAAACACAAACCGUGAUGGGCAAUUACGUGAAGAUGACGCUUUGAUAAGAGAUAUUUUAAGACAACUACCGUCACCGCAUUAUACCAUUAUUCUCACUAGUUCCAAGCCCGGGUUCUUACAUCCAACACCUAAGUCUAUCAUGAAAGAAAACCCUGAGCGAUUUGAGAUUUUCAACGAUAUCGUGAAUGAUCCAAAACAUAAUGGUGGAGUAGAGAAAAACGACAGAUUUAGAAAGGUUGAGCCUAAUUGGAACCCUGUAAGAGACUCCAAUAUAAGGUACAUUAGAAAUAAGAAAAAGGACGAAAUUCAUCUCCUAGAUUAUGACUUGUGGAACAAGAAUGAGAAAUUAAUAACAACUGUUUUUGUUAUGGUUUUGAGUUUGUUUCUGAUAAAGGUCUUCUCGAUAAUGAGUUCGUUGAAGCAAAAGAUAAUUAAUUGGAGAUCAUCACAAAGCGGUCUACUUGAUAAGAAGGUAAAUUAA